AUGUCACCGCCAUACGGCCCCUUCGAGGCCUUUCCCGUCCCUCAUGCGCAGUCCACCUCGACUUUCGGCUACCCAUCCCCGCAGCCAUUCCCAUUAGCCCUGCGUGCCACUUCGCCAGUGACCAUCCCGCAUGCCAUCACUGCCAUCACCGCCAUGAGCACUUCUGGCCAACUGUCGACUCUCCUGAACCUGCACGGCGGGGCGCUGCUCCUCCGCGGCAUCCCCAUCCGCACUCCUGCAGAGUACAGCGAGGUGGCGCACGCGUUUGGCUUCGCCGCACACGAAGAAGUCGGACGGCCACCGGUGCGCACGGUGCUGGCCAAAAACGUCAAGACGGCGAAUGAGGGACCGCCCGAGCUGCCGAUAUGGCCGCACAACGAGUAUGGGUGGAGCACGAUCCAUCCCUCGUGGCUGACGUUCUGCGCUUUGGAUGUGCCGGAAAAGGGCGGAGAGACGCCGAUCAUCUCGAGUGUUGGGCUGGCGCGGGUUCUGGAGGAGAGAGCGCCAGAUUUUGUGAAGAAGUUGCGAGAGAAGGGUGUGAGGUAUCUAUAUCGCUAUGGGAGGCAAGAGACGGUCAGUACGGUGGGGGCUACGGUGUUGGCCGCGUAUGGGAAGGAGGUGAAGGAAGGGGAUGAUGAGGAGACGCUGCGACGGAAGGUGGAGAGGGAGGUGAGGAGGCAUAGUGACCGCUUUGAGUGGCAUGAAGACGGGAGCUUGAGUGUCACGCAUGUGGUGCCGAUCAUUCGUGUACAUCGGGACACCGGUCUCACGACGUGGUUCGGAAAUUUGACAAGCGCAUGGGGUCGGAGCAGACAUCAUGGCGCAACCAGGCCUCCGUUUCUAGGCGAUGAUGGAGGAUACCACCCAUUGCCCGAGUACGGGGAUGGCGAGCCUAUCGAGGUCGAAUACCUGGACCAAGCCCUGUCGAUUGCCGAGUCAUUGCAGGUCGAUGUCCAGUGGCAACCAGGAGAUAUUGUGCUGAUUGAUAACACAGCUGUGAUGCAUUCACGGAAACCAUGGACCGGUAAGCGGACUGUAUUAGCGGCGCUGUGGGACGAAGAGGGCCGUAUUCAGGACCAUCCCGAAGGUAUUGAGAUCUUGAAGUCUAGCCCCCGAGAACCCAUUCCGGCAUGA